UGAACACACUGAAGUCAGAGAUUUCCGAGUUGCCGGGUGUUUUGAACGUGGCAUAAUCAAAACGUUUGCUACUACAUUUGAAAACGGCCUAAUGUCACGAAAUCUAUAACAAGUAAACACGUGUGUUUAAUUCAUCAAGCUAGUUAUGGAUGAACAUCAUGAAAGUAUUGUUUUCCGAAGGGAAGGAGUCGAGGAUAAAGGGUAUUUAGCUGUGGCUACUGACGACUCGGCACUGGUAAACGCCUAUGAAGAAGCCCUCAAAACAUUUCGGAGCUGUAAUGAUGAAAAAGAGAAUGAAGAGAAGCUUGGAAACAACCCACCGAAACUGACGGACUCAAAACUCCCCAAAUCUCAUAUGCUGAUUAAGGAGCCGCUUGACCCAAAGCCAAACUCAAAGAGGGAUGAAAAAGAGAGCGAUGAGAAGCUUGCAGACAAUCUACAGAAACUGUCAGAAUCUCAUGUGCCAAGCAAGGGACCAGUUGAGCCAAAGGCAAACUCAAAGGUGUGGAGGCUGGGUUACCGGUGUCGUGCUGUGUACUCCGAGGAUGGCCUGGUCUACCCAGCGGUGCUGGUGUGGAUGAGAGACGAACGCUGCCGGGUGAAGUUUGAAGACUACGGGAAUGAGGAGGAGCUGGAGCUGAGCACCCUGCUAUCUCCAGAUGAACUGGGAGGCCACAGUGAAAGAGUUGAUGCCAAAGUGCAACAAGGGGCUGUGGAUGGGUUCAGGUCCACUGGUAACAACAGCACUGAUUGGAAGAGGAAGGGAAGAGAGUGGAGGACACCUCAAGAAGAGGGACGAGAGGAGCUGUCCUCACCUAAGUUUCCUCCAGGAAAAGACUAUGGCAAAAGCAGCUAUGACUUUGGCAAGGAGCAUGGGGAUAAGAAGAAGCCAAAUGGCCGGAGAGAGGAACCAAGUGGCCGGAGAGAGGAACCAAACAAUCACCCCUUUUCCUUCUUUCCUCCAGUGCCACCGCCCAAGGGCUCUUUGGACUUCCUGCCACUCCUGCCUCCUCCUCCUCCACCUCCACCGUGUGUAUGGCCCCCCCGAGCAGUGCUGACCGACACUGGCGAUGAGCUAGACUCAGCCGUGACAGACUUAUCCAGCAUGCUCCUGUCCUGGUACCUGUGUGGCUACCACACUGGAUGCUACAUGGCAAUGCAACAGACAAAAGCAAGUCGCAAGAGGGCUGAUAAAGAGAAACAGGCCGAGGAAUAAGGUGGGUUUAAGACCCAAGAAUGGGGAAGAAGAGGAAAUAACUAUCCUGUUAAAACAGGACAAGAGUUCCAAAGACUGAAUGUUCUUGUACUACACAGAAGUAGUCUAAUUGGGGCUCUGUGUGAUGCACCACAGUUUGCAGGUUUUUUUCUUAUUGAAAAUGUGUGUUGUGACAAGAAGGUGAUGUGGAUAAGCAGUUAGGGGUAUGUUGAUCCUAGCUCAUCAUGGCGUUAACUCAGCACUUUAAGAGGCUUUUUGGAAGGCUAUCUUUACAUUUGAUGUUUUUUGGCGCUUUUCUGUUUUUUUAAAAUACUGUUGGAAAAAGCUUUGCCAAGGUUUUUUGGGGAAAGAUAAAAUAAUGGGACGCUAGUUUAUUGUCAAGUGGAAACAAUUAGAAUGAAUUGUUGAUCCCUCAGCUGUUGUCAGUAAAUGUUCGUUUCAGUUCA